AUGGAGUAUAUGAGUAGUUUUCUCUAUAAAAUGAAAAGAAACCCCAACUUUAAUCACUACUCCAAGUGUGAAAAGAUGGAGUUCACUCAUCUAACUUUUGAUGAUGAUAUUGUUUUGUUCUAUAGAGGUGACAAGGGGUCUGUGGAGUUAAUGACUCAUACUAUGCAGCAGUUCUCAAACUCUACUGGUUUGGUGGUUAAUCCAUCCAAAUGUAAUGUGUAUCUUGGAGCAGUUGAUGAGGCUGAAAUGCACCAAAUCCUUAGAAUGACUGGGUAUAAUGAGGGAAAACUCCCUUUUAAAGUGCAAUUAGUGAAUGUUGUGGGUUUUGCUAUAUCCAACUACUGGCUCCAGUGCUUCCCUAUUCCUAAGGUUGUGAUUGAGAAAAUCCACACUGCCUGCAGGACUUUUAUCUGGGCUGGUGGCACCUCCCCUAGCAGGAAACCCCAGUUGCCUGGAAAACAGUUUAUAGCCCAAAAAUUAAGGGUGGUCUGA